AUGACUCAGCUGCUAAGCAAUAUCGAAGGCAUUAUCAAUGCUUUCUACGUGUUCGCAAAGAAGGAUGGCGCCUGCCCCACGCUGAGCAAGGGGGAGCUGAGACAGCUCAUCCACCAGGAGUUUGCUGAUGUGACCGUGGUCCCCCAAGGUCUCCAGACCAUAGACAAGCUGCUGCAGCUGCUAGACACUGACAGUGACGGCAGACUUGACUUCAACGGGUUUCUCGUCCUGGUCUUCCAAGUGGCCAAGGCUUGUUACGGGGAAGUAAGCCAGGUGCUCCGGGUCACCAUGUUGCCUCCUUGCUCUGUGAGACACUGA